CGUCAUGGUGUCCUGGUGUUGACUUCAGUGCCUGAUGAGAUCUUCUCAUUCCUCGGCCUGUGUGGCCGGAGAUAUGAGGAGGGUUUUGCGACGCUGGAUGAGCUGUUUGUGUGGAUGGUGCGGUGCAGGUUCUUCCGCCGGGAUGUCUUUGUUUCUAGCAAGGCCAAGGAUAAGGAUGAGGGUGAGGGGGAUAUGGGGAAGAAGGGAGGCGGCGGCGGCAAGAAGGCGGAGAGGUGGAUGAAAGGCCAGUUCGUACGCACGUGGUUAGUGCAGCAUCCAGAAAUCGGGAUUGAGGGGCAAAAAGAUGGUGGGCAGCUCACCAAGGCGAUGGUGUUGAAUGAGGCUCUGGACCGUUUUGAGAAACGAGAGGAAUAUCAAGGGAAGCUUGCGAGACACAAGAAUGAAAGAGAGAUUAGUGGACUUUGGGGUGAUGUGGCGACGACGCUGCCGUUGACGGGGAGGGAAUUGGGCGCUGUGAUGGUGGAGUUGAAGGAUGCUGUGAGGGAUGGGAGAAGUGAUUCUGCUUUGGAGGCGAAGAUCGAUGGGUUACUUGGUGCACGUGGUUCAAGUGCGGAGAGUUUACUGGCUGUGAAGUGUGUGAUUGAUGAUUUGGUGGGGAUAGUGGGGACGAUUGGGGAUGGAGAGGGGAAGGGGGACGUGGACGUGGACAGUGGAGCGUGA